GGUUACCGGAAGUUGUUUCAGCUGCCAUGUUUGGUUGCUUUGUUGUAGGCUUCUACUGGGUUUCCUACAGAAUCACUAAGUGUGGAAAUGGAGCCGAGCUGGAGUACGUUUCUCUUCCAACAGGCCAAUGAAGCCCUCCACCACCAGCAUCAGGUGGCCCAGAAUAGCCUGCUGCCACUUCUUAAUGCUGGAGCUGAGCAAAUUGACCAGAAACCUAUCCUACCCAUCCAAAUAGACCAGAAGCCUCCUGUCAGUGCUGCUGAACUCCUGAAAGACAAUGUGGCUAGUGGAGGAGGCCAACGGCCACCAGUGCCUGUGAUAAAGAAGGAACACAAAGGCAAAACCCCUUUUGUCUGUGGGUACUGCAACAAGGCCUUUCGUGACAGUUACCAUCUAAGACGCCAUGAGUCCAGCCACACCGGUAUCAAGAUGGUGUCGCGUCCAAAGAAGACAGCCCAAACAGCUCCCACCAUGGUACCGAUGAUUGCCUCCAUGCCGCGAGAGAACAACAGCAACUCAUCCUACAUCUCCACAGUAGCAGGCAUCCUCUCUACGGCGACCACUUCGGUUUCUUCAGGCACGAGUAUCAUGACGUCAUCUGCGAUGGGCAACGUUCAGCAGCAAAAUGUCCCCAAGAAACCCCCCAAACCUGUCAAGAAAAACCACGGGUGCGAGAUGUGCGGCAAGGCCUUCCGUGAUGUCUACCACCUGAAUCGUCACAAGCUAUCCCAUUCAGAUGAGAAGCCCUUCGAGUGCCCCAUCUGCCAGCAACGCUUUAAAAGAAAGGACCGAAUGACCUACCAUGUUCGCUCUCACGACGGAGGGGUCCACAAGCCCUACGUGUGUUCUGUGUGUGGGAAAGGCUUUUCCAGGCCAGACCACUUGAGCUGCCAUGUGAAGCAUGUGCACUCCUCAGAAAGACCGUUCAAAUGUCAAGUAACGGCCUGUACCUCUGCUUUUGCCACCAAAGACCGACUCCGUUCCCACAUGAUCCGGCAUGAAGGCAAGGUGACCUGCAGCAUCUGUGGGAAGAUGCUCAGUGCAGCUUACAUUACCAGUCAUUUGAAGACUCAUGGACAGACCAACUUUAACUCCUGUAACAAAGAGGGUAAUGAUGGCUGCAACUCUGCCUCGGCUACGCCAGUGUCCGUUUCUGCCCCCAUCACCUCAGCGAUGAACCGGGUCAACUUGAACAACAACAACCCCGUCACUAUAGCCGCACAAAUGAACAUUAGCACCAACACGGUCAACAUCACGUCCCCCGUCAGCCUCCAGCACCCGGUCACUCUCACCGGCCCCGUCAACAUUGCGUCUGUGAACAUCCCUGCCUCGGCACCCAUGAAUAUUGCCCACCCAGUGGCAAUAACCACCCCAAUGCCUAUGAAUAUAGCCGGUCCACUAAACAUCGCAAUGAGGCCUGUAGACAGCAUGCCUUUUCUGUCCCAAGUCUUGCCUUCUUCCCCUCCUUGGUAGAAAAAUAAAAUAAAGUUAGAGAGAGGAAAAAAGUAUCAACAUCUAACUGGCCAGAAAGAAAGGGAAAAUGAAGUGUAACAAGAGWCUCCUGACCUCAUAUUUGCAGCUCCCCUCUCACCCCCCACGAGCUGCGAGGCCAGUAGGAGCUCCCAAAGUCCUAACUGUGUCCCAGCUAACGUUAAGUGACUGGCAUGUGAUGCAGAACAAUUAAAUAGACUUCUAGUAGGAUUUAUCUUGAAAUCAAGACAGCCGUGAGACUUAGUGUAGGCAGUUAGAGUGAUAAAACUGUGAUUUGAGUCAUGAUGAAUGAGAGCGGAGGACUUUUGAUUUAAAAAAAACAUACUUUUAUUUUGUUUGGUUUUUUUUUUUUUUUUCGUUUUUUUUACUUAAUAUUUUUUAUUUUUUAUGGGAGAUGUGGAAUGGACUGAAGCAAUAACCAUGAAUUGCUGUUUCUGACGUUUUACAAGAUCUCUCCCGAGGCCGCUGGGCGCUUAUUUGUAUGUAGCUUUUUUUUUUUUUUUCGUUUUGUUUUUUACUUUUUAUUUUUAUUACUAUAGCCUGCUAAUCACUAUUUAAUGUUAUAGGAAAUGAGUUUAGAAAAAGGGACAGUCACUUCCACUUGCAUGGAAGACUUAUUUUUUCACAAUGUUAUAGCAUUUCUUUUUCUCAGAUAGUAGAUAAGCUCUUGAGGUACAGUGACUAACUUGUACAGUUGACAUAGUAAUGUAUUUUCACCACAUUGUUUUUUAUUUUAUUUUUCCUUUCGUCAUUUCAGUGGACAAUGUGGACACUGGCCUCUUGACUAUGAAAAACCUUUUCUACUUAUAUGGAAACACAAAAGUUUGUUUUUUAUUUGUGUUUAUUUUGUUAUUUUUAUUUUCCCAUGAAGUCAGAAUGGAAUGAGUCUUGCACUGAAGGCAGAUCCUACAUGCAGGUGACCAGCAGUAUUAUCAAAGAUCAAAUGGAGUUUUAAGUGUUUCGGUCUGCCAGCCUACACUUAAGGGCCAUCUAGUGGCAGAGUACGUAUAAAGCCUGGCCUUGUAGUGAAGCUUUUCAAGCUGUUAAUGCCACCAAUGAGGUGUCAAAUAGUUUAAGCGGACUUCUUUUUUUUAAAACAUUGUUUUAUUAUUGCAAUUAUUUAUCAUUGUUCUGUUACAGCCCCACUAUUAUACACACGUUUUCACUCAGGAAAGACAAAGGUUCAUUAAUCAUGAACUACUCUGUAUCUCUUCGGUCUCCCUGAAACAUUUGCAGUGUUCACUUCAAAUUCGACUCAUCAGGAAUUCCAGAUGUACUCAUUUCAGCCGUCCAUWUAAAAACCAAUCAUUUACUGUACGAUAAAAUAGAUGCUGUACGUCUYUUACUUUACACUUCAGUCUCGGUCUGGAACUGGAUGAGUUUCGAUAAAAGUACCAUUUUUUUGCACCCAUUUCCAAAAAUAACAGGAUAAGAUUGAUGUUGCAUGACCCUAAAACACUGUAGCUGUUCAACAUUAACGAUUUUCUUUUUAUUUUGUCGAUGAAUGCCAUGUUAUUUCAGCAGUGUUGCAGCUCGAUUGAGUUGGUUCAGUUUAUACAAAGAAAUGCAAUAUGCAUGUUUGUCAGUUAUUUUUCCCCCCCAAGUUUUUUUAACAAAAUGUUAGUGUAGCUUUUUUUUAUUCUUAUGCAUUUACGUAGAUACACUAUAAUAGCCUGAUUGCCAAAUUUGAAACAUUUUAUGAUGUGAAAACAUGAAUUAUUCUUGUGAAAUUGAACAUCUCGUUUAUUUUAAGAAAAAAAAGUAAUAAUUGGAAAUACCAGGACCCUUGUGAAAAGCAGUUGAAUGUAUAUCUUUGUACAAAACCUUUAGUUCCAAGGAUAUGGUAGUUACAAUAGAUGUGAAAGAUAAGAACCUUUUUUAUAAAUCUUUUGUAUUAGAACAUUAACAUUGAUAAUUUUGUAUAUAUGAGAGGCUAGGCUUUCUGAUUAGCAGAAAGGUCAAACAUUCCUACAUUUUUUAAAUGUACGUUUGUCAAAUUAUUACUUAAACAUGCGCAAUGUUCUGUGCCUUUUAUUUGGGUUGUCUAAAUAAAAGAAAAUUAUCAGAUG